AUGGAAAAUAAUGACGUACAAAACGAACUGUUUGGAAUGACACAGGCCUGGUCAAGGUACAACGACUAUUUAUAUAUCUUGACAAAUCAAUUACUCUCACUCACCUACGCACACAAAUAUUUCGGGACUGAAGAGAGCUGUAAUGUACUGAAGGAAAUAUUUAAUAAUUUAUAUACUGAAAUCGAAGCUUUAAACAAAUUCGAGAAUAACAAUACCAAUAAGAGCAUCAAAUACAUUGAAAAAAGAGAUAAUUUUAACUUUAAUAAGAUACACAAAAUAAUAUCAGAGAUUUUAAAUAACACUAGUAAAAGGUCGGAGUCACCAAAAAGCAUUGGAAGAAGGGCAUCGACGGAUUCCGAAGAACUCCAGAUUGAAGAGCUGAAGUCAACCUUCUCAGACCAGUGCCCAAUUUCAAGAAGCACAAUCAUACAACCAGUUACACAAAAGUACUGUGAUGACAAUAAUACCUGUGAACACAUCUUUGAACGUAACAACAUUCUGCAAUUCUUGAGGAAUAGGAAUUUUAUAGAGUGCCCAGUAAUAGGCUGUAACAAAAAGGUUUAUAAAGUCUAUCUACACAAAGAUUUGGAACUGGACUAUUUUAAAAAGAACCAAAAAUUCCAUAAAUACAUCGAAAAUAUUACGUCAAAACCACUUUUCUUUUAA